GCCGCCGUCAGCCCGGAGCCUCGCUCCGCUGCCCGCCUUCGGUCCGGGAUCCUCUCAGCUUCUCUCCGCUCCAGAGAUGGGAAAAGUUGGCGCCGGGGACCGCUCCUUGGCCGGGCUGAGCGCGCUCCUAGCUGGAGCGGGGCUUCUGAUGCUCUUAGCCCCCGGCGUCUGCAGCAGCCUCUCUAGCUGCCCUCCGCAGCACCCUAGCUCGACCCCACGCUGGACCCUUACCCCAAGAGGUUUUCCUCACCCGGGACCGCUGGGUCGGGCUCCUGCCACGCCCCCGCCCCUCUUCAGAAGACCCCUGUUCGCAGUGGCCCCCGGGGACCGGGCGCUGUUUCUGGAGCGAGCUGGGGGCAGCAAGGUGUCAGUGGCGACCGCUGCACGCUCUGGCCGGAGAAGACGGAGUGGAACGGAUCCCGAGAAGAUUGAACCCGGAGAGGGUGCGAGUAGGAGCCGCCGGGACAUGCUAAAGGAUGGAGGGCAGCAGGGGCCUGGGACUGGCGCGCGGGACCCGGACAAAGCCACCCGCUUCCGGAUGGAGGAGCUGAGACUGACCAGCACCACGUUUGCGCUGACAGGAGAUUCGGCACACAACCAAGCUAUGGUCCACUGGUCUGGCCACAACAGCAGCGUGAUUCUCAUUUUGACAAAGCUCUACGACUAUAACCUGGGGAGCAUCACUGAGAGCUCGCUUUGGAGGUCAACCGAUUAUGGGACAACCUAUGAAAAGCUGAAUGAUAAAGUGGGGUUGAAGACAAUUCUGAGCUAUCUCUAUGUGUGUCCUACCAACAAGCGUAAGAUCAUGUUACUCACAGACCCGGAGAUUGAGAGCAGUUUGUUGAUCAGCUCAGAUGAAGGGGCAACCUAUCAAAAGUACCGGCUCAACUUUUACAUCCAGAGUUUGCUUUUCCAUCCAAAGCAAGAAGACUGGAUCCUGGCAUACAGUCAAGACCAAAAGUUAUACAGCUCUGCUGAGUUUGGCAGAAGAUGGCAGCUUAUCCAGGAAUCAGUGGUACCAAAUAGGUUCUACUGGUCCGUGAUGGGGUCGAACAAAGAACCAGACCUUGUGCAUCUCGAGGCCAGGACCAUGGAUGGUCACUCAAUAUACCAAACUUGUCGGAUGCAGAACUGCACUGAAGCCAACAGAAAUAAACCUUUCCCAGGCUACAUUGACCCGGACUCUUUGAUUGUUCAGGACGAUUAUGUGUUUGUUCAGCUGACGUCAGGAGGAAGACCACAUUACUAUGUAUCCUACCGAAGAAGCCCGUUUGCACAAAUGAAGCUCCCGAAGUAUGCUUUGCCCAAGGACAUGCAUGUCAUUAGCACAGAUGAGAACCAAGUGUUUGCGGCCGUCCAAGAAUGGAACCAGAAUGACACGUACAACCUGUACAUCUCAGACACACGUGGUGUCUACUUCACGCUGGCCUUGGAGAAUGUGCAGAGCAGCAGAGGCCCUGAAGGCAAUGUCAUGAUUGACCUUUAUGAGGUAGCAGGGAUAAAGGGAAUGUUCUUGGCUAACAAGAAGAUUGACAACCAAGUGAAGACUUUCAUCACUUACAACAAAGGCAGAGACUGGCGCUUGCUGCAGGCUCCAGCUGCAGAUCUAAGAGGGGACCCUGUGCACUGUUUGCUGCCCUACUGUUCACUACACCUUCAUCUGAAGGUUUCUGAGAAUCCCUACACAUCUGGGAUCAUUGCCAGCAGAGACACAGCCCCAAGUAUUAUAGUUGCAUCAGGUAACAUAGGCUCUGAGCUGUCAGACAGUGACAUCAGCAUGUUUGUAUCUUCAGAUGCAGGGAACACUUGGAGACAGAUUUUUGAAGACGAGCACAGCAUUCUGUACCUUGAUCAAGGUGGAGUCCUGGUUGCUAUGAAACACACAUCUCUCCCAAUUCGACACCUUUGGUUGAGUUUUGAUGAAGGGAGAUCUUGGAGCAAAUACAGUUUUACAUCCAUUCCACUUUUUGUGGAUGGGGUUCUGGGUGAGCCUGGAGAAGAGACACUAAUCAUGACAGUGUUUGGACACUUCAGUCACCGUUCCGAAUGGCAGCUGGUCAAAGUGGACUACAAGUCCAUUUUUGAUAGGCGCUGUGCUGAAGAAGACUACAGACCCUGGCAGUUACAUAGCCAGGGGGAAGCAUGCAUCAUGGGAGCCAAGAGGAUAUAUAAGAAGAGAAAAUCGGAGCGGAAGUGUAUGCAAGGAAAGUAUGCGGGAGCAAUGGAGUCUGAGCCUUGUGUUUGCACAGAGGCAGACUUUGACUGUGACUAUGGCUAUGAGAGACAUAGUAAUGGACAAUGCCUGCCGGCAUUUUGGUUCAACCCAUCCUCACUGUCAAAAGACUGCAGCUUGGGACAGAGUUACCUCAACAGCACUGGGUAUAGGAAGGUGGUCUCCAACAAUUGUACCGAUGGAGUAAGAGAGCAGUAUACCGCCAAACCACAGAAGUGUCCAGGAAAGGCCCCGCGAGGGCUGCGGAUUGUCACUGCAGAUGGGAAACUGACAGCAGAACAGGGGCACAAUGUCACUCUCAUGGUGCAGCUGGAAGAGGGUGAUGUGCAGCGGACACUCAUCCAAGUGGACUUUGGAGAUGGCAUUGCAGUCUCGUAUGUCAACCUGAGCUCUAUGGAAGAUGGAAUCAAGCAUGUAUAUCAGAAUGUGGGCAUUUUCCGAGUGACCGUGCAGGUGGACAACAGUCUGGGGUCUGACAGCGCAGUCCUGUACUUACAUGUAACUUGUCCCCUGGAGCAUGUGCACCUGUCCCUGCCUUUUGUCACAACGAAGAACAAAGAGGUCAACGCCACUGCAGUGCUUUGGCCCAGCCAAGUGGGCACACUCACUUACGUGUGGUGGUAUGGGAACAACACAGAGCCCCUGAUCACCUUGGAGGGAAGCAUAUCAUUCAAGUUCACUUCUGAAGGAAUGAAUACAAUCACAGUACAGGUCUCCGCUGGGAAUGCCAUACUGCAAGACACAAAGACCAUUGCAGUAUAUGAGGAAUUUCGGUCUCUUCGCUUGGCCUUUUCUCCAAACUUGGAUGACUACAACCCUGACAUCCCUGAGUGGAGGAGAGACGUCAGCCGAGUCAUCAAAAGGUCUCUGGUAGAAGCCACAGGGAUUCCCAGCCAGCACAUCCUGGUGGCAGUGUUACCUGGCUUACCCACUGCUGCAGAGCUCUUUGUUUUACCCUAUCAAGAUGGCAACAGAGAAAGCAAAAGGUCGCCAGAGGACCUGGAGCAGAUAUCUGAACUUCUAAUCCACAAACUCAACCAGAACUUGGUGCACUUCGAGCUGAAACCUGGCGUCCAAGUUCUUGUCCAUGCGGCUCACCUCACAGCAGCCCCACUGGUGGACCUCACUCCUACCCACAGCGGAUCCGCCAUGCUGAUGUUGCUUUCAGUGGUAUUUGUGGGGCUGGCUGUCUUCGUCAUCUACAAGUUCAAAAGGAGAGUAGCUUUACCCUCCCCUCCCUCCCCUUCUACUCAACCUGGUGACUCAUCUCUCCGAUUGCAAAGACCGAGACAAGCCACUCCACCUUCAUCGCCAAAGCGGGGAUCUGCUGGGGCACAGUUUGCAAUUUAAGGAAAACCCCCAAAGGCUACAGGAGAUCUGCUGAUCAGAAAAGAAUUCGCUCUUGGCAAGUGCAUCAUCCAUCAUGACCACUAACUUUAUGUUUUUUUUCUUCUUCUGUUGUUCUGUUUCCUAUUUUGCCAGGAAGUAUUUCCAUAGUUGCUGAGAAUCAAAGCACAAAAGAAAUCCCUACCUAUGUAAAUGUUUGAAUGGAGGACGCCAGUAAAACAAAAACAAAAACAAACAAAUAAAAUAAAAAACAAUCAAAAUCCAAAAUAACAAGUAAACACUCACUGCAUCUGGACUUUCAAAUUCUUCAGACACAGACAACAAGGGUUUUUAGCUUUAAGCCUGUGCAUGUGGACAAUAUAUUGAGAACAUGUUUGGAGGGGCAGUGUACAGGUGCUCUAUUUUAAUGGAAAACACUCCCCUCCCUCUUUCUUCUCUUUUUCUGAUCGGUCGUGUUUGUAGAAAAUUCAUAACAUACAUAGGCCAAGGAGAUCUGCAUGUAUUUUUGGAAAUAUUCUUGGCUCUAGACUUAACAGCUAUUUUAGCCCUAGAGGUCUGAGGGUGGAUUAGCCAUCCCCAGCCUCUUCCUAAAACACAAAGACAUGCACAGGACACUGAAACCCUAAGCUUCUUCUCUGUGCUUCUUAGUGUCACAUUUCCUUUCUAAGUUAGUGUUAGUGGCUCCAUUGGUGAGCACGGACCACAGGCUGCUUUCUCUCCAUUUUCUGUGGCCGCAGGGAUGAAGAUGCUAGUUACCGUUCCAUAUCCAUGUAUGCAGGUUCCAUAGGAACAGAAGCGAGGCUGGGAAGCACAGCGGUCUAUCAGAAAUAGACCUUCGUUUCCUGCUCAUCUUUUCUCCUUGCAGCCUCCCCUACUCCUACCCCAAGGAACAUAGAAACAAAGACAAAAACCAAUGGGAAUUUCCCCCAGUACUCACUUGGUACCCUACCUUCCCAUUUGGAUGGUCACCCAUGUGUGAACAUGCUCUCUGGACAUCUUUCAGAUUUUUCUCCUCCUUCUUCUUUAUCUUUUGACAACUCUCUCUUUUCCUGUUCAAAUGUGUUGCUAGAUUUUGGAUAUUAAACCUUACAUUUCCUAAAACUGGACCAGCCUACACAACCCUGACUCCUUCUCUCACAAGUCUUUAGCUCUAUCAACUUUGUACACUUCCAGCAUGCCAGCUUCCGUGUGCUCUGGCCAGGCUGCAGCCUGCCCAGCUGGCUUCGCUUACAUUUCCCCUCUGUCUCCUCCUCAAAAAACCUUCCUUUGCCAAAUACCUCUGGUUUUCCCACCUGGAAACAUAUACUGUGUGUAAAAGAGUUUAUACACCCAUAGUAUUCCAAACCUGGACAUGCGCUUUGGAAAAGAAAGCAUGGAGAUGAACAGUGGUGGUUUCUCCAUUAACAAAAAUCUUAUGCGGUCUAAUUCUAGAAGAUUUCUUUUGAGAAAUGUUUUGAAAGUGUGACUAUACUGGAAGGAAACAUCUUCUGUGAUAGUUGCUGUUAUCUGAUAUUUCCACUCUAUAUCCAUAUUUGUAAAAUAAAACUGAUUUUUUAAUCACAAGGAGAAACAGGUUAAUGGACUCAAUAUAUAAGAGUAUUGAAAAAUCUAUAAAAAUCGGUCUUCUCAUAUAUUUGAAUGAGAAUUUGACCAUUUAAGAUGAUCUUUCUGAUUCCAUGUGUGUACACUGAUCUUCAAUUGUCAUGAUACUGAUAAAGAAAAAAAUCAAUAUACAUGGAAAGAUAGCUGCUUACAGCAAAUUAAGGCUCACAACAUUCAGGGCUGCAAAGCAAAAGAAAGCCAGUUUCCCUAAGGGAAUCAUACGGAGGCCCCCAGAAGAGAGCAGGGCUCCUGCUGAAGUUCUUCUAAUGACUGAGGUCCCUUCACUUCUGUGUACUAGAAAAAGCCCAAACUCAAAUUGGAAUGACAGAUAUUCUGGUAAACCACUUCCAGAGCCUAUCCUCCCACUUGGCUGUGUCCCAAAGCCAACAACAGGGUAUUGUCAAGGGCCUCGGUGCAUCCUAAUGAUCAGUAUGAUCCCUGCUCUUGAAUGGCUGAUUCCAUGAUCAGAUGACCCUGGUCUUGGAUGGCUGUGGCAAGGGGAGAGUAGGAAGGAAGGUGCCAGAUUUAGUCAAGCUUUAUGGUAGACGGUGUCCCAUGUGAAUUUAUAUGGUCAGUUUUGCCUGGGGACAUGAUCAAUCAAUUCUCAACCUGCCAGGCUUCCUAUCUCACAGGAAACAUCUUCAUUGAUUACUCUCUUCAGUUGGAGUCUUCCAUAUUUAGUCUGGAAGACAAAGUAUUUAGAAAUCAAAAUAGGUCCAUUCAAACAAGCACAGGGACUCCUCAGUGUUGCGGUUUAAUUAAUUCUAUUUAAAAAAAAUCAUUAUUAGAAAAGAACAACAGUCUUGAUCUAGCACAGUGCCUUGCCUAGAAUAAUAUUGUGAAAUUUUGUUUCAAUGAAAGGACAAUGAGUGAAUGACAAGACAUGGGGAAGAAGGGUCUGUAAGUCUUCAUUUAAAGUAGAGAUGGGCAUGAGAUUCCUGGCAUCCUGGACAACACCCAAAGUAGUCAGCUAUAGAUUCAGCUUCUCCAGUGUCCUUCUGAGCCUCUGCUUAAAGCUCCCUCCCACCUGUAGGUGUCGGUGGUUGGGGAGGCAAGGUAAUUCUUAGAGAGGACUGCCAAGUUCCUAUAAACUUUGCUAGUGGAUCUCAAAAUGUGAUGUCUAGGACAAGGCUAUCAGUGUCACAUACAGUUGCUUGAAAUGCAGAUUCAAACCAGGCUAAAACAGACCCUGCUAUUUUGAAAAUUCUAGGGCAUCAAUAGUAUUAUUUUUGUUUAUGAGUCAUGGUUGUCCCAACCAACUGUCACCCAGCCACCCGGGUGAUGAUGACAUAUGCUCAAGUUUGUCUUGAGGUCAAAUCCCAACAAGAAAGGAACAUUUAGAACUUACAAGUGGGAUGGAACCAAGUGCCUAUCUCUCACUAAUAGCAGGUGUAAACAGAAUGAGGAGUUUGGUGGACUUAAGGCCAAAGGAAUGCAGGGAGGGAAUCCAUAGAAGGUAAGAUUCAGGGCAGGCUACAAAUUGGAUACUGCAACCUUUCUUAAAAGCCCAGAGAGAGGGCAAACUGUGCAGGCUCUACCCUGAACUCCCCACCAACGUUUCCCCCUUGCCUUAUUCUAAUUGGAUUCACUGUCCAAAUUGCAGAGGCUUGCUUUGCUUUUUUCAGAAGUUCCAAACAGAAACUUUGAAAGCAAUGGGGUGCUUGGCAGCUGUUCUGUGUAUUCCAGGAUUCCAACUGAGCAUUGAAACCCCGCAUUUGCCAACUUAUUUUUAUAGGAAGCCAAUUUAAAAAAUGAAAGUUUUCUUAUAGUAUUGGAACUACUUCUAAUUUUAAAAUGACUUUUUUGAUGUAUUUUUUGUUAAA